CCUUUGCAAUGCGUGCGUUGCAAACAAUCCCAAACGUAUAUCGCUGUGCCCCAGCUUUACAAUACACGUGCAGUAGAUCGUACGGUAGGUACCUUCGUCGAGUGCCAAAGAGUAUCCUCACACAAACAGAAGCAGACGAGUUUCAUCGCAAAGGUGUACUGGAGAAAAGGCCAUCUCAAUCGCAAGCAAAAUCUAUUUUGGAUACAGAAUAUGCCCACGAUGAAGCCAUAUCCAGAGUCAAGCAAACCGAUAAACGCAGUCACACACUAGAGAAACAGGGACACGCCACGUCGACUACAGAAAUGAGUAGCAAUAUCUCAUUUAAACCCACAGGAAAAGUAAAAACUGACAGGCCUGAAGUGAAAGAAUACAAUCACAGAAUUAAGAAGGCCAAUGAUUCGCCCCUGGUGUUGUUUGACAGGCUGCAGGACAGCGAUAAACGAUUCAGCAACGCUAUGAUGGAUGUAAAGUCGAGGAAGAAGAGAGAGAGCAUGGGGAAGAUACUGCUAGAGGGUAAGCGACUUAUCCGCGAUGCGAUACUGGCUGGGGCGCAAGCCGACUCUCUGUUCUUCACCAAGCGAGACCUGCUAAGUGACAUUCCGUUAGACAUGGUGGGAGCCUGCAAGCUCUACAAGAUCUCCUAUAAGCAAAUGUGCUUGUGGUCAGAUGUGGAAACUCCAUCCGGAAUAGUUGGUAUUUUCAACAUGCCACGGUAUGGCGAUUUGAAGAUUGAAGGUGACACCAUGCCCUUGACCGUUAUCUGUGACAACAUCCGUGACCCAGGGAAUAUGGGAGUCAUACUACGCACUCUAGCAGCCGUCGGCUGUAAGAAAGUUCUCAUGAUUAAAGGUUGCGUCGACGUGUGGGAACCGAAGGUGAUUCGCGCUGCCGCCGGCGCCCACUUCCGCGUCGGCAUCUACACGAACGUCGUCUGGCCGGCCGUGAAGCACCAGCUGCCAGCACAAGCCUUCGUCUGCCUCGCCGACAGCAGCAGCAAGCUGACGAUCGACAUCGACGUGAGACUCCGUGCCCCGCCCGACGACGACGACGACGACGACGGCUACGAGAUUAGCGUAGACGCGAAAACGGGCGCCGUGACGGAUCCGUCGUACGCGGCAACAGACCUGCGAGCGUGCGAUGUCCGCUGCAUCGCGUACACGCAGCUCUACUACGCGGGCAGGGAACUGGUGCUCGUCGUCGGAGGCGAGACGCAGGGACUGAGCGCGGCGGCGGUGAAGCUCGCGCGCGACUGCGACGGGUUUCGCGUCUACGUUCCGAUGAGCAGAGGCGUCGACAGUCUAAACGCGGCGACGGCCAUGGCUGUUAUCGCCUUCGAAAUGAAGAGGCAGACGAUGGAUUCUAGCGUCGAUGCGGACGAUGCGGAGGAGGAUAGUAAUGUACAUGUUAAUUAAACGUAAUAGAUGCAAGUUCAUCCCAUGUCCAGGUGAAGCUACAGAGUUUGUUUUAUGAUGCUACUAAAAUGAAGGCAAUCUGUGUAUGCGAUGCUGCGAUCGCAGUCUUACACAGUGCUAUUGGUGUUAUCCACUUAUAAUGAAAUAUAAACCAGGGGCCGGUUUCACGAAGCGUGAUUAACUUUAGUUAUAGUUAAAUCAAUAAUCAUGAUUAAGGACUUAAUCACGCUUCAUGAAACCGGCCCUAGGUAUGCUUAAAAUGACUUGUUGUAAUUAGCUUGGUAUAUGUCGUAGCAUUUUUUUACAAGCAUGUGAGAGUAACAGAACCUGAUCCAAAAGAACACAAUGUACAAAGUAAAUUAGUCGCUUCUAUGUCAGUUAUAUAUUUAAUUAGUAAUAAAACCAAAGCUCUACAAAAUCCACAGAUUGUCGUUUAACACAAGAUGGCUCUGCAUCUCAACGUCAUUAUUUCACCACCAUGCUUCGCCGCAUCUUACGAUACAUGUGGCUCCUCUACAAUGUUACAUGCUACCAUCACAGCUGGCGAUUCACAGCCAGCUUGUUGACUACGUACAAGUGAGGACAGGCUCCCAAGCAAACACUUGAUUGCACGCGAGUUCGUAACAAUCCAGUCGCAAGUCCAACUGCACCAGCGUUUCUCUGCCACGUCCAUCGCCUCUCUGGUGCAUGCUUACUUAUUGC